AUGCACUACGACGAAAAUGGGACCCCCGUGGGAACAGCUGAUGUGCACUUCAAGGCAAGACCAUCGUUUGCGGCAAAGUUGGUGAAAGAUUGCAAUGGAAUGAGGAUUGACGGACGCCCGAUCAAGUUUUAUUUGCUUGGACCACGACCCAAUCCGAUGUACUUGAGGCCGAGCUUCCGCCCGCCAUUUAACCGGCGAAAUACGUACACCCACAAUAGUGGUCGAAUCUUCAAGACUGCAAGACGUGGCGCUGGAACUUUCGGUGGCCCAAAGCCCAAACUAAGCGAGGCUGAGCUGAAUGCCCAACUUGAUGCUUACAUGGCCAAA